CAAGUAUACAAUUGCGGGGUUCCGUUUUUGCAUCUCGACGGAAAACUACACAUAUGAAGGAAAUCUGAAAGACCGCAAUGUUUGUCUCAAACAGAGCUUUGGUUAUCCUCUGCCUGGUGACUGUGGAAAGCGUUGCUAUGACUAUCAACGCCAAGAGUGUAGCGAUAAGCACCCCUUGCCAAUAUAGAAAAAAAGACUUAAACUCAGUGUCUUCAAAAUUGAUACCAAAUGGUCACACAUCCGAAAUCGAAGGAAAAUUAUACCAUUGCAAUAAUGGCACAAUGUCGGAGAGACUAGAAAAAACUGACAUUAUCACGCUCAAAUUCGGAGAAACAUCCAGUGUGGAGCACCAUAUCAGGAAACGAUUUUUGGGGAUCGUCGCUGCAGUAGUUGGUAUUGGUAUUGCUGUUUGUAUUGCUUACUGUGUAGACGAAGGAAAAGGAAGUCAGGGACAUAGUCAGGCUAACAACCCCCCUCAACUGACCUGUCCAGAGAGCGGACGCACAGUGUACGCCAACAGAUCGGAAGUAAAAGUUGUACAUUCAUGGACGGAUCCCACGGCAACUGAUCCUGAUGGGGAGGACACCCUUAACAGCAUAGAACUGACCUCGGGACAUAAGUCAGGUUCAUACUUUGAGAGAGGGAGCCACGUGGUGUCAUAUAAGGUAUCGGACAGUAAAGGGGCUGAGGACACCUGUAGUUUCACAUUUACUGUGAAGGUGGUUUCUUGCCUGCCCAUACAACCACCAGACAAUAGUAGGGUUACUUGUGAGGACGAAUUCAUCUACGGGUCGUCAUGUAUCGUGAAGUGUAACGAAGGAUACGAGAUGAUACCAGCAACCAAUAACAACGAACAAGUCAUAUCAUGUGAAAAGAGUGGGACAUCCGGUGUCCCCAGUGAAAGCCCAAACAGUUGUAAAGCAAUUGUGUGUCCAGCAGCUCUAAAUCCAGCUAAUGGUAAAGCUGUUUGUUCAUCGUCCAAUCAUACAUUCCAAACUGUAUGUUCUACAAAUUGUGAUAGUGGUUAUACUGUCCUACAUAAUCAACAAACUGAAUGUCAGUCCGAUAGACAGUGGUCACAUGUACUACCAGCAUGCACAGACAGCGAAAAACCAAUCGUGAACACAUGCCCUGAAGACAUCUAUGUAUAUGCGGAAAGAAAUGGUCAACCAACCAUCGUAUUUUGGAGCUUACCUAGUGCUACUGAUAACUCCGGAAUAGUAAGCGUGACGCGGAUAGAAGGGCAAGCCCAGGGAUCCUCAUUUCCUGAGGGGCACCAUAAGCUUGUUUACACUGCAUCUGAUGCGAACGGAAACAUAUCUCCAAAUUGUACAUUCUACGUACACGUCGCAGUUUUAAUCUGUUCACCACCAGUGAUUAACGAUCGAUUUCUAACCUUUGACUGUCCUGAUGGGUACGGUUACGGAUCAUCGUGUAGACUGAGUUGUAUGGGGAGUUUUCCUCUAGUCGGGAAUGACGUAAUAACGUGUGAGAGGAAUAACGAUUCAAUGGCUACAUACUGGGAUGUCGGAAGUGAAACUUCUUAUUGUAAAACGAACCCAUGCAACCCCCUUCCAGCUCCUAGUAAUGGUGCAAUAAGCUGUGCAUCGUGGGUGUAUGGCCAAAUGUGUACAAUGCAGUGCCAGGAGAAUUUUGAUAUUCCGUACGGGACUAAAAGUUCUGAUGGUGUAUCUAAUUUCAAUGGACAUUUUACAUGUUCGGAGAGCGACGGAAAAUACCAUCCAUCCAACACUGUACCAAACUGUACAGAAAUUAGAAAUGUACGGUUCAGCGCUCUUCCAAGUGAAUUUUUCUACUACGCCGGAGACUGCACUGAUGAGGAGACAUUAAAACAAAUUAAAGAAAACUUCAUCUCCUUAAUGAUACAGCGACAACAAAGUGGUUGGGCGGGGGCUUGUCCAAAUACUACGGAAUGUAAUGUGAAUAACACAGAGGUUAUAUGUGGACCGACAUCAGAACGACGUAGGCGAUCUGCAGACGAUACAGACAUCGACUUGGAUUCAGUGACGAAUAAUGUCCAUAAAAGAAGUUUGAAUGAAAUAAAAGUAAAGUUUUUCGUGAUUACUACUUGGCAAAACUUAAAUCCGUCAAUAGAAACAUUUCUUCAUAUGGAAACUAUCCAGCAGAAUAUAUUUGGUGUUAUCAAAGAGUCUGCGGAAAACGGAGCACUCAAUGUUAGUGGGUUGUCUCCAGAGAUGAGCUCUUUUUCUUAUAGCUGGAGUGAUCCUGGAUGUCCAGAUGGAAUGACUGUAAGAUGGACGACAAUGACCUGUGUUCCUUGUGCUAUUGGUACUUACCUCGACAAAUCAAAUCCGUUGGACCCUAAAUGCAGAAACUGCCCAAGGGGAACUUACAAAGAUAGAGAGGAGGAUGCAUUGUGCACUACCUGCCCUAGUGGAAUGUCCACGCUGGACGACGGAGCAGAGUCUAUAACGGAAUGCAUAGAAAAAUGUUCCAAAGGAGAGUUUUCGGACAACGGUUUAAAACCAUGUAAUGUCUGUCCGAAGAGCAGAUACCAAAGUGAAGAAAUGUCGACAUCGUGCGAGGAGUGCCCUCUUGGAAAAUCGUCAAAUCCAGGAAGUAUUUCUGUGAACAAUUGUUCGGAAUUUGAUAUCAUUUUCUCGAAACAUGGGGACACCAUCUUGUUUGACAACAAUCACAUCAACGAGACAAACAAAUUCGCAGUCUUUGCUUGGAUUAAUCAUGCUAAUUGCAGUCUUACAAUAAUUGACGGAAAAUUGAGUUCUUGGCCGCUGAAUAUUACCUACGGAAAAACUGUCUGUGUGGAGUUAUCUGGAUACAAAACAACAUUGAACAUUACUUCCGAAAUUCAUGACUGGCACCAUGUAGCAAUCGUCGUGAAUGGAGACUCAACAACGAUAAGUGUCUACAUCAACGGCAAACUGGAUGUCUGGCAAAGUGUUCCUACUCUAGCAAAUGUUAGUCUUGCCGGAACGUUUGCUGUUACCUUGAAUGAAGACUCGCCAACAGAUAUCUUCAUCACUGGAUAUCAGGUAUAUCAAAAUAUUCCUUCUGAGGACGAAAUUGUAAGGCAAUCAUCAUCAUGCCAUUAUACCAGGAAUGACACAGUCCUUUCAAUGGGAAACAUAAAAUGGACCAAUUCACAUACCCCCAGGACUAUUGUGCCCAGCCAGUGUGACAAUAUAGAUCAUUGCAGUCCAAACCCAUGCAAUGGUCAUGAAUGCACUGACAGAGUACGACGCUACACAUGUCAUUGUACUAAAGGCUAUUCUGGUGAACAUUGCGAGAUUUCAACUGACUACUGCAGGGAUACGCUGUGCAAAAAUGGAGGAUCGUGUCAGAAUAGAAAUAAUACCUACACUUGUUUGUGUUCACAAAUGUAUAAAGGAAAGAACUGCGAAAUUCCUAUUGUGAAUGGAGGCUGGAGUGUGUGGACCGAGUUUUCCGACUGUUCUAUGUCCUGCAAUGGAGGUCUGCGAACACGAUCACGUGUUUGUAACAACCCGUCCCCAGAUCCUGACGGUCUGCCGUGUGAUUCUUCACAGUCAACACAAAGUAUACCAUGCAACACGGAGACGUGUCCCACAUGUCCAGAACUCGAACUUUCUUUUGGUAAUGUGAAGAACUGUUCUGACGUGAGUGGAGACACAGUGUGUGAAGUCUUCUGCCAACCAGGUUAUACAUUCGCACCAGACAACUUGCCUCUGAUGGAGUACAGAUGUGGACAGAGUACAGGUUACACGUGGAACGGUCAGACACCUGCCUGUGGAAGAGCCAAAAUGCCGAGUAGUUUAUCAACAGUGUCAUUUAUACAGUACAACCAGCCUAUUCAGUGUGAUAAGACGUCGACUGCCUUAAGUAUUGUUCAGGGUAAAUUGGAGGCUAACCUGUCCUGUUAUCAACUUGCGAUUUGUACAGUAACAACAAAGAUGGGCGAUUGUCAAAGUUCUGUAUCCUCUAUCAAGGUAACAUUGACUGCAACACUUCCGGAAAAAGAUCUGGAUCUGGAGACAUACUAUACAAGCGGAAAAUUGAGUGAAUCCCUUCAGACACUGGUAACCACAGUGGAGGAAUUGGAAAAUUCUACAUUGAAACUUAAUGGCACUGCUCACAUACUUGAAUUUGACAUAGAUGUCGAUACAUUUUCACCUACCGAGACACGGGUAACUGGAAUCGUGGACUGUGAUGAAGGACAAGGCAGUGAUGUAUUCAUAUGUCUUGACUGUCCUAUGGGGACCUACUCAACAUCAGGGAAAUGUAAACUUUGCGAAAAGGGAACUUACCAAGAUGAAAUAGGACAAAUUACGUGCAAACCUUGUCCAACUGGUCUAACAUCGAAAUUCCUUGGAUCUCAAGAUGCAUCCAGUUGUUCAGUAUCUUCAGAUGUUACCAGCAGUACACACAAUGUUUCGAAACAAAUCACAGAAUCAGGAAAGUCGGAUUUAAUCGUGGUAGUCGCGGCGACUGUUGUAGUAGUGACUGUUGUAAUCUUCAUUGGAGUGAUCAGCGUGUUGUUUUACAAGGCUAAAUGCGUCAAAGGACAGAUAUUGUUUACCAGGGGAAAAUCAUCCAUUAGCAUCGGAAGUUUAUUGAGUCUUCGAAAGAUUUCCCCAGAAUUAGAUACAUCUAAGGCGAAUGAAUAUAACAAUGUGCCACCAAAAAGUCAAAUAUUAUCUGUAAAAGAUCUAUGUGAGUGAAAAUUCAAAGAAAGGAAUUCAUGGUAAGAGAUUGGAUUGCAUAGCGGUAUCAUUGUAGAGUGUAAACCUUUCAAUCUCAUCGAAACUGAAAGGUUAGAGAGAGGAUGAAUAGUUCAUUAUCAUUGUAGAUAGAGACAAUCCUGCCAAGUUCAGUAUACAUUUCAAUUCUUGAACUUUGUGAAGAUUAUUUCAUUAUCAAUGUAAACAGAGGCAAUUCGACCAAGUUGAGAAUACAUCAAAUUGAUUGAAUGUUCUGUAACAUCAAUAUCGUAUAUUGAAACUACUCAGAGAUAUGUGCAUUUAUCAUGGGGCCAAUCGAAACAUCGCUCAAUCUUUUCCGUCAAGUUGAAAGAAAGAAUUUGAAUGUAAUAUGUCACCAUAUUGCACAUACUUUGAUUGACAUGACAAGAAAAAUGACGUCUCCCACAAUUUGCACAUUGUGAGUCAUACUCUUCAAACUGUCACAGUAAAAGAAAAGUUCUUAACUGAACAAGGAUUUCAAUUCAUGUUUCUUUUAAAAUUGACAUCAUAGCAUACUUUUCGUUUCUUCAUCUCUUUGAUAGCCUACCUCUUAUAUCGAAGUAAAUACUUGGCCUCUGUUUUUUGAAAGUCGCCAUCGUUUGUUUACACGUGAUACCAUGGGAAAAUUGAAGCAGCUAUUUAUGGAAUCCACUAAAAUAUAUGUACUUAUGUAAAACAGAUCACUGUUGUCGGAAAAGCGCCCAAGGGGAUUCAUAUUUUCACCUUGAAAAUAGUUGAAUUCUGAAACCUUUAUUCGAGCUUUUUCUCUCGACUCAGUGGAAAAGGCUGAGCGAUAUUCCUACUGAUCUUGGAAUGUGUCUGCGAUUUGCGUUUAUACACUUUUCUGGAUCUUAUCGGGUUAAGAUUGUACCAACACAUACGCCACGAUAACCAUAUGGCAUAAUUUUCGACUUUCUGGUCAGGUACAUAUACAUACCUCAUUUGCCAUUGACUGUAAAUAUUGCAUAUUAUAUCGAUAUUUAGUCUUUAUAAUGAACGAUGCAUUGUACAUUGCUUUAUGACAUGCAGUUUGUACCUACUUUCUAUUCAACGUAAUGUGACGUUACAUACUCGAAAACUAACCAUAGUGAUUGUGCAUUUUAACAAGAUUGUUUGAUCGUUACUGUUGUUGAAUUCGUAAACUGUUUAUUGUGGUGGUAUUGUGAAUACUUAAAUGUGGCAUCGUCAUCCCCGCAGUCUGAUGGAAAUUAAAAAUAAAUUCUUAAUAAAUAG